GCGGGAGGGGGCUGCCGGGAAACGGAGUCCUUCGCCGGCUCUUAGUGGAAGCCGCCUCUGCGGCGAGAAACUCGGUUUCCCAUAACGCCCAGCGAGGGCCCCCUGCCGCCUCCCGACCGUCAUGUAAGCCUCCACCCCGCACUGAAGGCCGCUCUGUUUCCUGGUUCGGGGGCCGGCGGCCAUUUUGGGUCCGAGUCGCCGAAGCGGAGGCCGCCGCUGCCGCCUGUGAGGAGGGGGGGAGCCGAGCCCGGCGCGGAGGGAAGGCAGGGAGACGCCGGACAGCGCGCCGGACCCCGCGAGGAGCCGCCGCCGCCCCCGGAGGGUCUGGCUGCCGCCUGCGCCGCGCCGCGCCCUCGACCUCCACAGGCCGCCGGGCCCCCGCUGACAUGUCCAGCAUGAACCCCGAAUAUGACUAUUUAUUCAAGCUGCUUCUGAUUGGAGAUUCCGGUGUCGGGAAGUCUUGCCUCCUCCUUAGGUUUGCAGAUGACACCUACACGGAAAGCUACAUCAGCACAAUUGGUGUGGACUUUAAAAUCAGAACUAUAGAAUUAGAUGGGAAAACAAUCAAGCUUCAAAUAUGGGACACAGCAGGGCAAGAAAGAUUUCGAACAAUCACUUCAAGUUACUACAGAGGAGCUCAUGGCAUUAUAGUUGUGUAUGAUGUUACGGAUCAGGAGUCUUUCAACAAUGUAAAACAGUGGCUGCAAGAAAUAGAUCGUUACGCCAGUGAAAACGUUAACAAAUUGUUGGUAGGGAACAAGUGUGAUCUGACCACAAAGAAAGUAGUCGACUACACAACAGCGAAGGAAUUUGCAGAUUCCCUUGGGAUUCCCUUUUUGGAAACCAGUGCAAAGAACGCAACAAACGUAGAACAGUCUUUCAUGACCAUGGCCGCUGAGAUCAAAAAGCGGAUGGGGCCCGGCGCGACGGCUGGCGGUGCCGAGAAGUCCAACGUCAAAAUCCAGAGCACUCCAGUCAAGCAGUCCAGUGGAGGUUGCUGCUAAAACUCGCCUCCCACCUUGUCUCUCAGCAAUGAAUCUGAACCCAACUGCAAAUUUAAAAAUAAAGCCUGAAAUUGUACUGUAUGUAGCUGCACUACAAACAGAUUCUUAUCGUCUCCACAAAGGUCAGAGAUUGUAAAUGGUCAAUACUGACUUUUUUUAUUCCCCCGAUUCAACAAAGCUAACUUCAUUUUCAGAAAUGUGUUAAACCUUUUGUGUGCUGGUUUAUAAAACGCGUGUAAUCCUCGUUGCUUUUUCUUAUAUCAGACUGUUUCCUGUGGUUGGCUAAACUUGGAAUAUAUUUUUUUUGUUCUGAUUAUAUUGGCAUGUUUAGAUGUCAGGUUUAGUCUCGGGUUUAGCCUUCUGAAGAUGAAGUUGAGCCCGUUUUUGUAUCCCCAACAGCACAACCACGUCUGCCAUUUUUCCAUGCACAAAAGUUCUGUAAGACAUUCUGUGUAAGAUCAGAUUUGCUAGUUUCUCCUUGUAGAGUUGUAAAUGGAGAAACAGCCAGCGACCUGGAUCCACGAGCCACGCUGAUUCAGUUCCACACACCCAACGGGAGGCAGGAAGGUUUCUCAACCCGCAGCCCCUCUCUCCCCCUCAAUGCCUCUGAGCAGAGUUUGACAAGCAGUUCCUGAUCUGGCGUAGGGGGCUGCAGUUCCGAGGGAAAUGGCGGGAGGGGGGAGGUUGCCCCAGGCUUUCACCUGUGCUCAAGUGGCUCUGGGAUCCCUGCCAUUGACUUCUUCAUCCUACUCUACGUAUAAUUUGUGGCUGCAGAAUAUUGUCAUUUGUUGCACAACAUGUAACAAACCGAAGAAAUGUUUAAUAAAUAUUGUACUUAUUGGAAGUAAAUAUCAAACUGUAUGGUGAUAAGUAUUGUCUUAAUUCUCACGGCUAAGGGGAAGGGCUUGCAUUGUGCCCCCAAAUGUUCCUUUUAAUGUGCAGCAAAGGCACUCUAGAACCUUCCUUAGAUCAGAUCCUCUUCUCCUAGCAGCUAACUAGCAAGCACACCCUCAGUGACUAAGUUGUCAUGAUGUUUCUGGCAUUUGAUAAUCCUGGGACAAACAACUUAGCUAAACGUUGUUUAUAGGAUCAUAAUCACUAACUCUGCCAUUCUUUCUGUCUCCCACCCCACCCCUAAGUGUCUGGAUCUGUUUCUAAAUGAUUUCAUUUAGAAAUAAUUUGUCUUUUGUUUUGCUCUGUCGUAGAAGAGGAAAACAGUAUUUUUCCUAACAUAUGAAUGACUUCAAACUAACAAGGUGAUGUUAACUCCGGCGCUAUGUUAUGUCUUUUCUAUAUAAUGUUACUUCCAUUGUCUCACAAUCAAACUGUUGACUUUAAUAAAACUUAGUGCAAUUUAUUGGUUGGCUUGGUUAUGCCCAAAGGCACGAGGAAGCUGGAAUGGUGGGAACUGGUAAGAAGUUAAAGAGAUGGGAAGAUUAUUGUGUAACGUUGCAUAUGGAAGAGAAGCUCUUCAAUACAAAAUGGGAGUUUGAGUAGUAGAAAUUUUGUACAGAGAGACUAAUCCAUUAGUGCCUGACAUCUGGGAUUAUAGUUACCAACUUGAUCAGAGACUGCAAAUCUCUCUUUUUUUUUUGCAAAAGAUUUGUUCAAAACUGCCAUUACGGCUUUUUUUUUGUAUGAAGAAACACCCAGAUGUGACUGCAAAACCCCCCCUUGGGUAUGUUGGGAGGCAAGUGUUGUUAGCAAAUCACUAAAAAUGGAAGCUGCCUCCCAGGAAGUGGGGGACGGCCAUUCGUGAUCUGCCUCCACCGCUGAAAUGUAGAGUCCUUUAAGUCUUCAUACUGUUGUCAGAAGAUUGAAAUUAUUGAAACUUUGAAUUUGCUCUCCUGAGAAUUUCACAAUAAAGUGUACUUCAUAAUGA